AUGGAGUAUGGCGCUGCAACGGAUAAGAAGGACCCUCAGGGGACAAGCUGUAUCUCAGGGUUUGAGGUCUUACUGCAGAAACAGCUGAAGGGGAAGCAAAUGCAGAAAGAGAUGGCUGAGUUUAUACGAGAAAGGAUAAAGAUUGAAGAGGAAUAUGCCAAGAACCUCGCCAAGCUGUCACAGAUUCCCCUCGCGGGACAGGAAGAAGGUACUCUUGGGGAAGCCUGGGCUCAGCUAAAGAAGAGUCUGGCUGACGAGGCCGAGGUUCACCUCAAGUUCUCCUCUAAGCUCCAGAGUGAGGUGGAGAAGCCUCUGUUGACGUUCAGAGAUAACUUUAAGAAGGACAUGAAGAGGUUCAAUCAUCACAUCUCAGAACUACGGAAACAGCUGGUUGGACGACACUCAGCCGUGGAGAAGGCCCGUAAGGCUCUAGCGGACAGACAGAAGGACUUGGAGGUGAAGACCCAGCAGCUAGAGAUCAAACUAAGCAACAAGAUCGAGGAAGACAUCAAGAAGGCUCAGCGGAAAUCCACACAAGCAGGAGACGACCUGAUGCGCUGUGUCGACCUUUACAACCAGUCGCAGUCCAAAUGGUUUGAGGAGAUGGUGACCACAAGCCUGGAGCUGGAGAGGCUGGAGGUAGAGAGGGUGGGGAUGAUACGACAGCAUCUGUGUCAGUACACCACCUUACGGCAUGAGACGGACAUGUUUAACCAGAGUACGAUGGAGCCAGUGGACCAGCUGUUACAGAGUGUGGACCCAGCUAGAGACAGAGAGCUCUGGGUCCAGGAGCAGAAGACAGGAGACAUCAGGCCUGUGGACAUUGAGAUAUAA